AUGGGCAAUGACAUUUACAACCAUUGUGAGGACAAUACCUGCGUAAAUGGCACGUGUGUGGAUGAAAUUGAUACAUUCACCUGUAGCUGCGCAGAUGGCUUUACUGGGGAGUUCUGUGAAACUAACAUAGAUGACUGUGUUCAAGGGCCUUGUGUUCAUGGAACCUGUGUGGAUGGAAUCAACAGCUACACUUGUAUCUGUGAACAGGGAUACACAGACAUGAAUUGUUCUACGGAUAUCGAUGAUUGUCAGAACGGGCCUUGCCAAAACGGUGGCAUAUGCCAGGACUUCCUUAAUUAUUUCAACUGCUCGUGUACCCCUGGAUUCACCGGACCCCUGUGUAAAACAGAUAUAGACGAAUGUUCCAGUAACCCGUGUGUGAAUGGCACCUGCAGUGAUCUGCCCAAUAUGUACAACUGUACUUGCACACCUGGAUAUGAAGGGAUUAACUGUGACUCAGAUAUCGACGAGUGUUCAACGAACCCAUGUCUGCACGGUACCUGUGUCGACCACGUCAACAUCUACACCUGUGACUGUGAACCUGGGUAUACAGACGGAAACUGUAGCACAGAUAUCGACGAGUGUGCAACGAACCCAUGUGUCAACGGUGCCUGUGUCGACCACCUCAACAACUACACCUGUAACUGUGAACCUGGGUAUACAGACAUGAAUUGCGGUACAGAUAUAGACGAAUGUUCCAGUAACCCGUGUGUAAAUGGCACCUGCAGGGAUCUGCUAAACAUGUACAGCUGUACCUGCACACCUGGAUAUGAAGGGAUUAAUUGUGACAAAGUUGUUACUGAAAUAUACGUUCUUGGUGUAUGUGGAAUCGUAAAAUAUAAUUGUUUAUUUUGUUUUGUAGAUAUCGACGAGUGUGCAACGAGCCCAUGUAUUCACGGUACCUGUGUCGACCACGUCAACAACUACACCUGUGACUGUGAACCUGGGUAUACAGACCGGAAUUGCAGCACAGAUAUCGACGAGUGUUCAACGAACCCAUGUGUCAACGGUACCUGUGUCGACCACGUCAACAACUACACUUGUACCUGUGAACCUGGGUACACAGGCUUGAACUGCAGCACAGACAUAGACGAAUGUUCCAGUAACCCGUGUGUGAAUGGCACCUGCAGUGAUCUGCCCAAUAUGUACAACUGUACCUGCACACCUGGAUAUGAAGGGAUUAAUUGUGAUUCCGCCAUUGAUCCCUGUGCAAUGAAUCCCUGUCAAAACAGCGGUUUAUGUACACAGACCUCAAACGGUUUUACCUGCUCCUGUCCUGCUGGUUUUAUAGGGGCUACGUGUCAGACAGACAUUGACGAUUGCGCCUCCAACCCUUGUCAAAAUGAAGGCACAUGUCAAGACCGAAUCAACGCAUUUGAGUGCCUCUGCCCUGCGAACUUUAGUGGCCUGCUGUGUGAUAUACUCAUGGGAUGUACCUGCCCUUGUCUACUGAACAGUACCUUUGACGGCAGUGAACUGGCGGCAAGGAUCAAGUGGCUCAAAGAAUUAUUAACCAUCGACAAAUCUACACUGUCCAGCACAAUACGGAAGAGGAUCAGCGUCCCAGACGAAAGGCCCACAUCAACCGGAAUCGGGUUCAGCGGAAUAUGCUGCCUUGUUGCGGCCUUUGGAUUCUUCGUGAUAUCAGACAUCCUUAACGUCAUACAAGCUUUAACAAAAAACACCUCUCUCAAAGACGAUCCUGCAAAACGAAAAGUCAACGUAGAAGAAUCAAAACGAACAUAG